GAUAAUACACAAUGAUGAUGAAUGUAUCAUGCUGGGUGUUGUAAUUUUCGAUUGGUGGUGAACUGAUUUUACAUAUUCCUGGCGAAUUAACACCUCUGGUGCUUCUUCCUCACUACAAACAAGCGUUUGUAGGUAGCACAAACCUUGGUAUUUGCUUACCUUACAUGCAAUGCAGUCUUGUGGCUUACAAGACCGCAUCGUAAUCUCAGCUUUUGACUUCCCCGGAUUGCCUCCUAUAUUGCGCCGAAGGGUGAUUACAGAAGAUUUUCUUAUCCACAAUAUCCUGGAUCAUGAGAGAAGUUAUCGUUCAUCCCAGUCCUGAAAUCUGGACUGAGAUCACCGAAGUAGAAAUUCCACAGCCUGGGCCCGACGAUGUAGUGAUCAAAGUUGUUGUUGCGGGGAGUAACGUCAAAGAUUGGCUCCAUCUCAAGGCACUAAAGAAGUCACUCAACAGUGGAGAUGAUAUCGCUGGGUUUGUUCAUUCCAUCGGCACACAUGUGCAAACAAAGAACGAAUAUUCUCUCGGAGAACGUGUGGCUGCCUUUCAUCCGAUGAUGAACCCUCAUGGAGCGUACGCCGAAUAUGCUGUUGCGCCAAUACAUACUGUAGUGAAACUCCCAGACAUAAUCACUUUUGAAGAAGCUGCGACUAUCCCACUAGUAGUCACGACGACAGCAGUUCUUGACAUUUGAAUUCCCUUCUUGAUCCAUCUUCUGGUGACAAGCUAAUCGAUUAUCGCUUGGGCACUGAACAAAUGAUCAAAGCUACUAAGGUGGCCUUAGGGAGUUUGGAGUGUCACCAUGCUCUUGAUGCCAUCAGCUCAAAUGGCACAUGGAUCCCGAUCUCCCAUAUGUUAGCUCCAUCGUUUUCGCCGCAGUCGCCAUCUUACUUAUCAGUCGUCACAGGCUCUAAUAAGUACGACGAAGAAUCAAUUCAGACUGGAAUUGAAGUGGUAUACACCAUGGUAGGCACAGCACAUACAGGCGUCUAUAAGCCGGACAUGGUUAAACAACCAUCCGAUAAAGAGUUUGUGAAGGGUGAUCCAGGGUGGGUGGCUGUGUUCUUUAAGUACAUGUCUCAGAUGUUGGAAGAUGGCAGACUUACUGGUCACCCCUUUGAUGUUAUUGAUGGAGGUUUAGCAGGAGUUGGAGAGGGCUUGAGGCGUUUACAGAGAGGACAGGCUAGGGGAGUCAAAUAUGUCUACAAGAUUGGAGAAGUUGAGUGAGAACAUUUUGGGGUAUCGUUCUGACUAGUCAGGGACCGAUUUUGCUUACGAUCCAUCAGACACAAUUUACGUACUAUCAUAUCAGAUUGUGUAAUUGGUUUUGAAUUAAAAGUUUGAAGGAAUUGAAGUCUUGAGAAACAAGCAUAAAUUUCAGAGCAUGCAAACUAUCGCUUGCGAAAGUCUAGACCCA